GCAGGUGUGACGCCUGCACAGUGGCCUUUUUAAACCUCACAGGUGACUUCCAUCUGUGCUUGGUUGCUGGAACAAUGGGAGCUGUUCGGACCAUUCUCGUUUGUCUGCUGACUGUUUGGCUUGCUGGAGUCAGUGGCUUGAAUCACAGACAGAAUAAAGUACUGCAGAGGGAAAAGACGGGUCUUGGAGCCAAUGAUGGUUCAAUACAGAGAGCGCUUGCUCUGCUCCAGUCAAUAUUGACCCAAAAUGUUGAUGAAGUACAACAGGAAACUAAUGAAGUGGAUACUGAAGCAUCAGUUGGAAACUUGAAAUCUGAAUUGCCUUUGAAAAAGCCAAACAAUGUUAAAACCGUGAAGGGAAAAACUGCAGUCAGUCAGAAGGUUGGUUUCCAGGGAGGUUUCUCCAAACCGACUGACUCCAACGCCACGGCGGGCGGCCUGCCGACUGACUCCAACGCCACGGCGGGCGGCCUGCCGACUGACUCCAACGCCACGGCGGGCGGCCUGCCGACUGACUCCAACGCCACGGCGGGCGGCCUGCCGACUGACUCCAACGCCACGGCGGGCGGCCUGCCGACUGACUCCAACGCCACGGCGGGCGGCCUGCCGACUGACUCCAACGCCACGGCGGGCGGCCUGCCGACUGACUCCAACGCCACGGCGGGCGGCCUGCCGACUGACUCCAACGCCACGGCGGGCGGCCUGCCGACUGACUCCAACGCCACGGCGGGCGGCCUGCCGACUGACUCCAACGCCACGGCGGGCGGCCUGCCGACUGACUCCAACGCCACGGCGGGCGGCCUGCCGACUGACUCCAACGCCACGGCGGGCGGCCUGCCGACUGACUCCAACGCCACGGCGGGCGGCCUGCCGACUGACUCCAACGCCACGGCGGGCGGCCUGCCGACUGACUCCAACGCCACGGCGGGCGGCCUGCCGACUGACUCCAACGCCACGGCGGGCGGCCUGCCGACUGACUCCAACGCCACGGCGGGCGGCCUGCCGACUGACUCCAACGCCACGGCGGGCGGCCUGCCGACUGACUCCAACGCCACGGCGGGCGGCCUGCCGACUGACUCCAACGCCACGGCGGGCGGCCUGCCGACUGACUCCAACGCCACGGCGGGCGGCCUGCCGACUGACUCCAACGCCACGGCGGGCGGCCUGCCGACUGACUCCAACGCCACGGCGGGCGGCCUGCCGACUGACUCCAACGCCACGGCGGGCGGCCUGCCGACUGACUCCAACGCCACGGCGGGCGGCCUGCCGACUGACUCCAACGCCACGGCGGGCGGCCUGCCGACUGACUCCAACGCCACGGCGGGCGGCCUGCCGACUGACUCCAACGCCACGGCGGGCGGCCUGCCGACUGACUCCAGUUCACUAAAUGUGAAGCAGCUGAAGUUGGUGCUGGAAGACUUGACUUUGGCUUUGGAAUCUUACACUAAUUCCACAGUCCUGACACAAUAGCAAGAAAAGUCCUUUGCUCUUGAAUAAAACUCUUAACUUCAAGUUAUGUGUUUAUUUGUCCACUGAUCAAGGUACUUUACCUAUUUCUAACAUUUUAGUGAUUUCCAUAGUAAUCCUAGACCAAUUGAAUUAUUGGUAUAAUUUGAGUAGGUAAGUUCUGGGUGGUUUUAUUUAAAAAAGCCCAACAAAAAGCUAGUUUACCAAAAUGCCAAGAACAAUCAGAGGGAGAAAGUCAGAGCUCUUUUGAGAAAACAA